AUGCCACAACCAGCAGUGGUCGCAGAUGGCAUCGAGGCUUCGCCUCCUGAGCCUGCGGUAAGGACUACGUCCCACAUGCCGCCGUGGGUUCAUAUGGUGGCUGGCGUGACUGCAGGAAUCGCGACAUCAACUUCCGGCUUCUACCGCGUCCCAUCCCGACCGACAUUGGCAGCUGAAUAUACCGGCGCGACGCUACAACAUCUAAUAAUCGCCCCAUUUCGCCAUACAUCAGAAACUUUUGGCAUCUUGGGAUCAAUAAGAGCCAAAGAGGGCUGGCGCGGGCUUUUCCGGGGUCUUGGCCCGAGUCUCGCUGCUGUCGUUCCCGCAACCGCCGUCAAGUUUUACGUCUACGGAAAUUGUAAGCGUUUAGGGGCAUCCAUACUCGGCCGAGGGGAGGGCGACACAUUCGUCCAUGCUCAAGCUGCCAUUCUUGCUGGUAUCGCAACUGCAACUGCCACAAAUCCUAUUUGCAGUCUCGACUGCGUUCAACAAGUCCUCCGCCAGGAAGGCCUCCCCGGGCUGUAUCGAGGUCUAACUGCCAGCUACUUGGGUACCGUAGAGACCGCUUUUCAUCUGAUGCUCUACGAGCGGUUCAAAGUUCUUUUUUACAAGUCGUUGCGGCCCGAGAAUUGGGAUAAUCACAUGCUCAGCGAGUUGGCGACAUGGGCAAGCACCACCGGUGCAGCAGGGACGGCCAAACUUGCUGCGGUGCUGGUGACCUACCCACAUGAGGGCUGGCACGGACUCUAUGGUGGCCUCACGCCGCACCUUGUACGGUCUAUCCCAUCCGCAGCCAUCACCCUGGGGGUAUACGAAUUUAUCUUGAGGCUAGUGGGAGGUUAG